AUGGAUGGCCCCCCUGUCUCACCUGGCCCCAUCGGGGCGAGUAAGAGGCCUGUGACUAAGGCCACCAAGAGGAAGGCCACCAAGAGGAAGACCACUGAGAGGAAGACAACCAAGAGGAAGACCACCAAGAGGAAGGCCACACCUGAAAAUGAGCGCCCACAGAAGAGGCAGAGGGUUGGAGACGGCCCUGAUACCAGCACCGAUUCUGCUCAAUCAACCCUGGAAUCAGUGAUCGUGAUCAACAGCUCCAGUGACGAGAGCACGGUGUCAUCAGGCGACACCAGCACAGUGAGGUUUAGCCUCCCGCACUCAUCAAGCCACACCUUGGCGAGUAGGCGGCCCGUGACUAAGGCCCCCAGGAGGAAGGCCACCAAGAGGAAGGCCACCAAGAGGAAGACCACCAAGAGGAAGGCCACACCUGAACAUGAGCGCCCAGUGAAGAGGCAGAGGGUUGGAGAGGGCCCUGAUACCAGCACCGAUUCUGCUCAAUCAACCCUGGAAUCAGUGAUCGUGAUCAACAGCUCCAGUGACGAGAGCACGGUGUCAUCAGGCGACACCAGCACAGAUGACUUCAAGGCCAAGUACUUGAAGCUUGAAAAACUUGGUGAAGGAGGAUAUGGCUCAGUGUAUGCCGGCAUCAGAAGGUCUGAUGGUUUACCAGUGGCCAUAAAAUACAUCCCCGACAUCAAUGGGCGCUAUCAAAAAGUGAUGUUAAAUGGGAAGGAAUACUUGAUUCCCACGGAGGUGACGCUCAUGCAGCAAGCCGCAAGCGAUCCAGGGACUGUGGGAGGAUCUGCAGCAGUGUCGUUACUGGACUGGUACGAGCGGGACCAAAUGGUUGUACUGGUCAUGGAGAGGCCAGUCCCCUCUAUGGAGCUAGUGCGCUUCAUAAAGAAGAACAAUGGUCCGAUGGCCGAGGACAUUGCAAAGAUCAUCAUGAGGCAGCUGGUGGAUGCUGCCAUAGACUUGAAAGCCAAGGGCAUCUUGCACAGAGAUAUUAAAGGAGAGAACAUCCUCAUAGAGUCAAGCUCCGAUGGCCUGCGAGUGCGCUUUAUUGAUUUUGGAUGUGGCUGCAAUUGGGUGGAAAACAAAAUUUACACAGACUUCUCUGGAACCCCUGAAUUCCAUCCUCCAGAGUUUAAAAUCAACAGGCAAUACAUGGCUGGCCCCAUGACAGUCUGGCAGUUGGCAUCAUUGCUUUUUGAAAUGCUGGAUGGAUUCAGGCGGUUCUUCACAUCAGAGUUCCUCAGAAAGGAACUCCAAAUCAGCUCUGUAUGGUCCAAAGACUGCCAAGACUUCUUGGGAAAGUGUUUGACUUUAGAGCCUGAGGACCGUGCCACUCUGGAGGAACUUAAGCAGCACCCCUGGCUACACAACCCCGGUGCCUAG